AUGCUUAUUUCUUCUCUUCUUUUUUCUUUCAUUUUAUUUUUUUUUCUUUUCUCGGGAAAUAAUACUAUAUAUUUUUUUUCUUUCGAAAUGAUAUGCAUACUUUCUUUAUCUUUCUUUCAUUCAUUCUUUUUCUAUAUUUUUCUUUUUUCUUUCAUUAAUUUUUCUGUUCUUGCGAAAUAUUACUUUUUUUUUCUUUUUUCUUUCUUUCAUUCAUUCUGUUUUCUUUUUUUUUUUUUUGAAAUAAUACGCCCACACCUUUUUAUUCUUUCUUUCAUUUUUCUUUUCUUUAUCGAAUAUUCCCUUUUCUUCAUUUCUUCUUUCUUUCUUCAUCCAUUUUUCUUCUUUUCAAUUAAUAUACUUUUUCUCUUUUUCUUUCUUUCGUUUUAUACAUUCUUUUCUGUCACGUCAUUUUUCUUCUUUACUUUUUCUUCCUUACGACGUUCUCAUUCUUUCUUUCUUUCCUUCUAUCCAACCCUCUCUAGCUUUAAUUUCCAUGUUUCGCAUUAUCAUCAUUUUUUCUUUCAUUCUUUCUUUCUUCUUAUGGAUUUGUUUUCUUUCAGUCUCUCUUUCUCUCAUUCCUUCUUUCGCUCCUUCAUUCUUUUGCCCGUUCCUUCUUUUUUUCAUUCUUUCUUCUUAUGA